CCUAGGCCGACGACAUAGCCCUAGCAGUCUAGCACGCCGCUCGGCUGCGGCGGCCAUUCCUCUUCCUCCUCAUCUCCUAUCGCUUCGAAUCCACAUCAAAACACAGGCGGCGUAGGGGAUGGCCGCCGGGCCACUGCGGCAAGGCGCUUCCUUGCGCAGCGGUGGCGGGGAGCGCGAGGAGGCUGCGCCGGACUGGGCGUCGCUACACGUCGACCUGACGCAGCUCAUCUCGGCGCGGGUUCUCGCCACGGGCGGUUUCCUGGACUACAUCCGCUUCCGCGCGGUCUGCUCCCACUGGCGCGCCGCCGCCGCCUCCCCGCGCGGCCGCGCCUUGCUGGACCCGCGCUUCCACCCGCGCCGCUGGAUGCUCUUCCCGGAGGGCUUCGGCCGGUUCCCGGGCCACCGCGCGCUCGGCGGCCACGCCCGCUUCUACGACCUCUCCGCCGCCGGGCCCAUCGUCCGCGUCCCCCUCCCGGAGCUCAAGGACCACUGCGUUCUCGACUCCCCCGAUGGCCUGCUCCUCCUGCAGCACGACGGGGACAACGCCAUCCGCCUGCUCCACCCGUUCACCCGCGACGUCGCUGAGUUCCCGGACCUCAAGUGCCUUGCCCAUCAGCUGUCAGGGCCCUGUCAGCUGUACCAAAUGGAUUACGAGUUCAUCGUCAAUCCCUGGUACAAUUUGAAUAGCUGGCUGCAGAGCACCGCGCGAUGCUUGUAUCAAGCCCGCAAGCUUUGUGCUGCUGUCGAUGUCACCCCCACGGGGGCCAUCACGGUGAUGCUAGCCCUUCAUAGCAUCCGGCGUGUGGCAUUUGCGUCGGCUGGUGAUGCUGAAUGGACAGUCAGCAGCUGGAAGAUGAACCAACUGGACAGGCACUGUCGUUCCAGGGGAAGCUCUAUGUGGUGAAUUGGGAAGAUGGGCUAAUACAUGUCUUGCAGAUUGACCCGCCACAACUGGUAGCACAAUGCGAAGGGGAGGAUUCUUCACCUGUGCUAGCAUUCCCUCCUCCAAAGACAAUCGCUACAUGUUCAAGCGAGGAAAUCCACCUACCCUGCCUUGUUGAAUUGGACUCAGAGAUCAUGCUUGUUGGCUACAAUGACAGCUCCUUUUCGCACAUAUUAGUUCUCAGGCUUGCUGAUCUUGUCUUGGGUAGGACUGUGCCUGUGAAGAGCAUCGGUGAUCAUGUCUUCUUUGUUGGUGCAAGGAGCCUGUGUGUCUCACCCAACUGGCUGCCUUCAAUUGGCGGCAACUCCAUUGUAUGCUUCCAUGCUGGAGAGAACUAUCUCGCGCAAUACCAUCUCGGCUGUGGAACUUGGUCUGUGGCCAGUGAUGGACACCUCAUGCUUAACCCCCCACCGCGUCCCUGUAGCCUCAUUCAUCACAUCUUUACCUGCUGCGAUCGGCAAUUCUGGAACAAAGGAUUGAUGUUUUGCUUCAAGAUAGAACCCAAAUGGUGGGCGAUGUCGAGGAUGAGGGUUGGGGCGUGAAGGCUUUCAUGGAGAAGAUGGUCCAGAUAACUUCAUUUGCAUCAAAAGCAGAAGGGAGCGGGGUUUCCGUCCUUUGCGUGUAUUUCCACGGUGAAUCUACUUGUUUGCAACUGCAUCUACCGGUGUCUGCUCACUGAUGAACGUACAGCGAUGCCCAAAAUCAUGUGAUAACUGUAACUGUGUGGCUUGAGAUAUUUGUCAGUAAACCACGAAUAGUGCUGUGUUACCUGCUGCGUUGAUUUUGCAAGUUCCCUUGUGUCCUUUAAGCAAAUUGGCUUUUGUGGAGCUGUUAUGGAGAUGGUGGUUUCUGCUUA